AUGGCGACGCCCUUUGGGCGCAAGCCAUGGCGGUCACCAUGGGCCCUGGGACCAUGGCGACCAUGGGUGGUGAUUGCCUUGGGCCUCAACUGCAGGUCAUUCUCCACGACCCGCACCUGGCAGCACCGCGUCCAACGCAUCCAGGGCCGUCGCUACGCGGAGCAGGUCCUGGACCUCGACGGCCGCCAGGGCCGGUCGCGGCUGCGGUUGCUACGUGAGCUUCUGACCCCCAAAGAAGCGGAUGAUUUGUUGGCCCUGGCCCGGUGCACUGACAUGGAGAGCAAGCCAGAGAUCCUGGGAAAUCCGGUGAAGACACCGUGCCAAGUGUUGGCAAGUGACGGACAGUGGAAGCAGGGCCCACUGACCGACUUCUUUCGGCCCAUUUUGGAGCAGCGCUUGCUGCCCUACAUGAAGCUGGCAUUGGGUUGUGCCACCUUGGCGCCGGCGCAGGUGGUCGUGCGCCACUACGGUCGCCACUACGGCGCUGGUUCAGCGCGGAGCUUUCGGGCGCAUAGCGACCACCUGGCCUUCGCCACGGCGGUGCUGGACCUAACACCAGUGAAGGGCAGCGGCUUGUGGGUCCACACUGCCGGCCUCGCAGACGGAGACGCCGGAGACGGGGCCCAGGGGGCCUUCUUCGUACCGCUGCGCGGGCCAGGGGACGUGGUGCUGCACGGCUGGGACGUGGUGCAUGGGAUCCAUAUCAAGGAGGAUCACCAGCGCAUCGCCGUCAUCGUCUGGACUCAGCCUGCAGAGGACCUGGGCACCGGACUCUGCUCCUGGUACCUGAAGGAAGCCCUUGAGGGCGAUCCGGAAGCAGGAUACCAUUUGGGAAUCGAAGCCUGGAGACAGCAGAUGCUGGGUAGCGCCAAGUUGGAGCUGUUGGAUGACACGCUGGAGGCCUCCGAGCACCAAGCCUCAUUGACAUUGCUCUCCUCCCUGGGCGCUGACGCGCAGCGCUGGCGGCAACGCUGCCGCGACGCGGCGCGCAGGGUGCAGGAGUUGAGGGAUGAAGCCCUUGCGAUGAAAAAUGGCACCAUGAUGAAGGACCUAGGUCGCUGCCUCGGUGCGGCCCAACAAACGCGCGCCGGCAACGGGAGCAGCACGGGGAGGAUGCGCGGCAUGCGCGACGCGCUGCGCAAGGGCUGGGAGCAUGCAAGGAGUGAAAUGCAACGGCCAAGGGCAUUCGCAGAGUUUCGCAGCGUGUCCCUGCGCGCACGAGCCACGGACAUGGCCGAUGCAGUGGAAGCGUUGGCGAAAAGCGGCGUCCUUGUCUUCGACGACCCUGCGGAUCGAGUGGAAGUAUCUGUCCUCAAAGCAUGGCACCAGGAGUUCAGAAACCACUGGGAUGAAGUGCUGCCGGAGCUUCAGCAUCGAUUUCCGGCGGCUACCAACAUUUGUGACAGCUUCCAAUUUCAAGAAGUUUGCAGUCGAUCGGAGGGACGAUAUGACGUGCGCUUGGAGGGUGGAGGCUGUGAUGAAUUGCCAUGGGCCUCCUUUGUAAACGCUGUCCUGGGGGAUGCCAAGGAACUGAGCCGCGGUGUAUUGCUCAGCAGGUAUGGCUCUGAGACCCAAGCCUGGCAUCGAGACACAGAACAUCUUUUUCAGAUGCCUGACCUGCCAGCACAUGCCAUCACCAUCUUCGUACCCCUGGUUGAGAUGACCUCCAGCCUUGGCGGUACCAGCUUCCUCCCCGGCUCCCACAGAACCUUCGCCGGAAGCGUCGGAAGCGACGAGACGGUGACGCUGGCGCCGCCCCUGGGGACGACCAUUUGCGGCGAGAUCGACCCUUACUGUACUUGGUCUAUGCCAAGCCAUGGUUUCAGGACCUGCGGAACUUUCCUGCAGAGGCUCCGUCCCUGUUUGAAAGCACUGAAAGGCCAGAGUUGGGGAGCUUUUAUACCUUGUGAGCUUUUGGAGAAGAGGAAGAUGAUGGAAGAUGAAGAAGACUUUCAUGAAGAUUCGCUGAUGAUUCUUCGCGUAGCAGCAUGGAUGCUGGACCUGGCGAUUUCGGUACCUCCUGAGCAACUCAACGAGCCCUGGGAUGUGGAACUGCUGGAAAUUGGUGAGGCAAACUUCUGGAUGCCCGACUUGAUUAGGAUGGCAUGA